CAACUCCCUGAAAACAGUGAUUGUCAGGAUGUUCAAUGAGACUGUCAGUGCUGAAGACAUCUGUAUAUGGCUGGGUAGAUACUGCACUGUGAGAGGCCAGGCUAUGAAGGUGCGGGAUGUGGACGGCAUCUGGAACUGUGCUUGGCGGGUCCCCAUUAAACAAUGGGAAGACCCCCAAGGCUUCCAGGGCCUGAAGCAUCUCCCCUCAAUGAUAGUCCUGGGGGAGAACAGAGGCUACAUUCACUAUCAAGGCCAACCCAAACUGUGCCAGAAGUGCGGCGAGCAUGGUCAUCUGGCCGAAACUUGUGAAAAAGUUUUCUGCGGACCGGGAACCAGUGACUCCAGUGCGCGGCCUCCUGUAUGGAGACGCCUCCACCGUUUGGCGCAACGUGAGCCGUCCCGUCCUUCCAAACAGACUCCAGGACCUGCCAUGGAUGGUGGCUCAUGGGAUCCUGCCGGUCAGAGCCGUUAUGCACUCCCGCGGCAUGUCUGCAACGUCCAUCUGCCCCCGACCCGGUUGUGGCGCGCCGGAGUCGGUGAGGCACCUGCUGUGGGAGUGGAGCGCUGCUGUGGACCUGUGGGCGAAAGCCGGCUCCUUGCAAUUCCCACACUUGCCAGCAAGGGAGGUCCUCCAUGGGCAGCUAGUGCUGUACGGGGUGAGCCAGCAGAAAAUAAAGAAAAAGGAUUUCGCUGAGAUGUGGCUCACCCUAGCCACCAUAAAAGACGCCAUUUGGACCUCCAGAAACUUGCUGGUGAGCAGGCGCAGGCAGAUGCCCCCAGUGGCUGUGAUCCGGAUGGCGGCAGCAAAAAGGAAAACAUCAAGGGCUGCAGGUGGCGAGCCAAGGACACAGCCACCAAGAAGAAUCGCCUGCGCCUCCGUGGACGAAGGAGCCGGCGCUCCACGAGCAGAGGUCCAAGCAGCGGCGGCCUGGCUCUCCGGGUGAGGCAGGAGGGAAGGAGCUUCAGGGCGGGAUCCCCUCUGAGCACCAGCGCUGUCUGGAAGGACGAGACGGCUCCGGACUUGGGAAGGAGUCACCCCGGUCCUGCUCAACUUUUAACACACAGAGAUUUUGUGUUUUAUACCCUUGUUCUAAGCUCCUU